UGCGGAAUGGUUUGUAAUGAAUGCAAUCCUUCGUCAAAAUCGCUUGACAUAUUUGGAUAAUUUCAUUUCAUAUAAACACGUCACAGCUUUGCUAAGAAAAAAUUAUUUUCUAAAAUCGAAACAAAUUUCAAUAUUUACAAUGGGCCUAUUAGAUUGGGAUUCGCUUCGUAAACAAGCUCGUCAUAUAGAAAAUGAUAUUGAUGUUAAAUUGGUCGCCUUCAGCAAAGUCGGAGCUGGAAGUGCAAACACAGCGGACACAGCCCCACUAUUAAGUGAAAAUUUAUUUGACUCGCUUUCAGUCGAGAUUGUUCAAAUGUUAGAUAAGCUAUCCGGAAUAAACGAAAAGAUGGCAGAAGUUCCAACUACCGGUACAGCAAUGAUGCACACACUACAACGGCACAGAGAUAUCCUAAAUGGCUAUAGGCAGGAAUUCAACAAAAUCGAAGCAAAUCACACAACACGUAUCGAACGAGAAGAAUUGUUGCGCGGCUCUGGAAUCAAUUCGUCUCUGCAUCCAUCCAAUUCGGUUUUGAGUCGCAGGGACAUGUAUUUGAAAGAGAGUGCCCAUGCACAUAGUUCGAACAGCAUGUUAAACGAUCAGAUUAGCAUCGCAAUGGAAACCAAAGAGCAUUUGUUGACACAGCGUCAAAGCUUCAAGCGGCUGCAGACCAGAUUCAAUGAUUUAUCAAAUCGUUUCCCGGUUAUAUCCAGCUUAAUGCAACGCAUCAACAUUCGAAAACGACGAGACUCGCUGAUCCUGGGUGGUGUCAUUGGAAUAUGCACAAUUCUAUUACUUCUAUACGCUUUCCAUUAGCCGUUUGUUCCGUUGACUAUAGGCAAAACUAAACAAAAAAAAUAAUUAAUUUUCCUAAACAAACCUAAGUUGGAUGUAAUGUAUAUAACAACACCCCAUAAUAACGGACGUCGUCUUCGAAAUUUUGUGAUAAAAAUAAGAUGUUGGACUGUUCAAUUUAACACGACGAAAGAAAAUGCAAACUUUAUUUACGUAAAA